AUGGUGGAGCCAAUCUCUCUUAUUGCUUCGGCUAUUACCGUCGCAGGGACAGGAACACAGCUCGCUUCUAUUCUGUUCAACGUUGCCCAGUCCUUGAAGAAUGCGCCCGCCGAGAUCGCUGAACUCGCCGACGAAGUCUCAACUCUUUCGAGGAGUUUGAUGAGUUUAGCAGAUACUAUAGAGACAAAUCAAGCUCUUUGCAAACCAGCGCUCUUUCUUCAAACGGAGUCCAUCCUCUGCCGGUUCAAACUCGUGGAAGAAGAGCUUAAGGAGCUCACUAAGAAACGACGUACGCUGGAGCGCUGGAGAUGGGUCUUGAGGCGUCCAAAGGCAAAGGUGUUGAUGGUGAAGAUCGAAAGUAUCAAAUCGGCAUUGGCACUGGAGCUCAACAUCAUCCAGCUCGCAAAAGAGGAGAGAAACCAUGCUAUUGCGUCUGACGAGCAGACAGUAGCGAGGACACCUAACCGAUUCCGCAAGGUGGUUGAGAGUGUCGUCCAAGCGAACCGAGUUGCCGUGGAGCAUGCGAAGCAAGAGAGCGAGAGUCAUCCCACCCAAAAAAGGCGCCAAUACAACACUGAAAUCCAGCGCUGGGAGGCUGGGGCAUUCGAUACUGCGACAUGGCUGUACAAUCUUGUAUUUGUUGCGGAUCUUGCACAAAACAGUCCGCCGGAGGCAUGGAGCUCUGCCGGAAGGCAAGCUUCAGUGACAGAUAGUCACUCGGACGACGAGCGCGGCGGAAAUUGUCCCUCAGCAGGCGGGGCUCGCCGCCCAGAUGCUUCCAAUCGGGCGUUGAUUGUUUGGAACAAGAAUACUGAGCCUAGAUUUGUCGUCGAUCGGCUUUUGAUGGUGUGGACGGAGCUUUCUGAUGAGCAGAUCAGAGCAAGCGCUACGGGCGAUCUGGACGAUGCCUGGAGCAAGAGCCUUAUGGACUCGAUUCAAAAUGGCGAAGCGGAGGACACCAAAGAUGGUAGAAGAGGAGAAAAAGAAGAAAACGAAGACGAAGACGACGAUGACGAUGACGACGACGACAGAGACGAAGCCGAAGCCGAAGCCGAGGAAGAAGCAGAAGUGCCUGCCGAGUUCUGGGACAUGCACACUCAAAGCAGUGAGGAAAGCAGCAUACUUAGCACGACUCUUCCCAGUAUACCCGGUCGUACUCCGAUUGGUGGUUCCAUUGAUAGCGCAGAAACGCCUCUUCCUCCUCGUAAUUUAUCUCGAUCCCCACCACCUCCACCGCCCACGGGCUACGCUCCAGAUGACCAUCCUCGCAGGCGUGUACAUUUUAGCGACCGCGCGUACGCUGAAUCAAUAGGCGAUAGCACAUUCGAUGGAACACUACACGACGUUAGGCGUAGCGGUCACGGGUACAUACCAUCGGGAAAGGAACCACUCCCCGACACAUGGCCAUACCGUCCGGAGCCAAAUUACAGCACUACUCAAUCCGCUCGACGUCAGCCUUCCAACGCCCCACACUACUUCCCGCAGCCAUCAGAUAACUGUAGUGUAUUCUCUGAGCCUGGCACAAGAUCGAGGCGGUUUCGGGAUCCCUGGAGAUUUGUGGAUGACCCGUUCGAGGAUCCCGUCGACUUCUACAGCACCGCUCAUUCCAAAACAAGACAGCCAUUAGGCGCUCCAUCGGGUGCCACUCACUCGCCAAACCCAUUCGCGGCGCGCACGUCCAGGCCGAAACGUUUUGAGGGCAAUGAAGCACCCGCGGAGAAACCUGUUGACUUAGCUGCCUUUGCCGAUACACUAGAUUAUUUCAUACGGGUACGAGCGAACAGGGAAUCUGCAAAGGCUGAUGCAGCCAAGCGACAAAAGGUAGCUGAAGCGGAUGCAAAUGAUAGAGAGACUAAGAUUGGAGAGCAAAAAGCAAUGAGUGUUCAAGACACUCGACUGGGAGAUGAGUACAAGAAGAGAGUGCAGCAGUGGGAGGAUAGCUUUGCGGCUCUCGACAAGGACCGCAAGGAUGUCUUGGAGAUCCUCAAGGACUCUAGGGGCGCAGUUCCCAAGCGCCGAACCUCCAUCUGGCGCGGCGAUCAUCGCAUCGAGGUUGCGGAAUACACUACAGAGAAAAUGGAGCCAUUCCCAACAUUUCAUGCAAACCUGCUCGACCCCAACUCUAUCCAAAGAGCCGACUGCGGACAAUCUGGGCCGGAUGGUCCUGCACAAGGCAUUUGCUCGACGUCCAAGGCACCACAAAACUCGUCCAAAGCCUUCGCAGUGCCGCUAGCGCAGCCCACUCUCCACUUCUCUCCUCAUCUCGGUCGGAGCUGCAUCAAGACUUGUGAAUUGCAGUUAUCAUUGAGCAAGAACGGCAUCAAAGCAGAGUUUGAUGAUUUGAGCGAAGGAAACUGGAGUGCGACGACUAAGCCCUAUGACCAGCGAGAGGGCUUCGUAAGAAGCACCAUCUCCUGGGAACAUCCCGUCUUCGUCAUGGGCAGCGAGUUACUGAGAACUCUACGAGGAGUGGGAUGGAAACCGUUGUACUUUCGUGGUUCUGAUGCCGGUCAAACGUUCUUCUUAGGCAGCCAACCGAUUCACGUCACCUUCUUCAAGCCAACAUACAAGCCGCAAUGGCAGCCUUUGACUAGUCCUUGUGAUGCAGAGUACCUCGUCAUUGCGAAGGCGCUCGUUGAGGAGGACGCACUAGAGGAAUGGCGGUUGAGAUUCGAAUAUACAGAUGACGGGGGAUAUAUCCUAGACGGUCGGCUUACGGCGAACGAGAUUGAGGCGCUCGUAGAACGAUCGUUCCUCAUGCGCGAGGCCAGACAUCGAACCUUGCACCGUCAGCUUGAAUGGACUCGGGACUGCCGCGAAUCUGUUAGCGACGAGGGCUAUGUCCCAUCUAUAGCAUCAGAAACGCGACGCUCUACCUCAUUUGCUGGUAUUACUCACGAUCGUAGCUCGGUAUCCAGAGAGAGAACACCUGGUAUGGGAGCUAUAGACAAUGCCCUUAACAAUAUCUAG